AAAAGCCUAGACAGCCAUCAAGCGCUCAGCCCACAAAGAGAAAUAGUGUUGGAGAGACAGGACAGCAGGACAGAGGUGCAGAUCAAAAGAGUCUUAAAGAAACUAUUGCUUUUAACCCUGACAUACAACUACCAGACCUCCAGAGCAAAGAUGAUUGGACAGAAGAUGUGGACGCAAGUGGUUGUACUGGCAGUCCUGGUGCUAACGGUGAUGGCAGCCGAAGGAGGCAAAGCAGAAAAACAAGGAAAGAAGGAGCGCAGAUCUGACUGCGGGGAAUGGCAGUGGAGUGUUUGUGUUGCAAAUGAGGGGGACUGUGGACUGGGAACCAGGGAAGGAACACGCACGGGUACAGACUGCAAGCAGACCAUUAAAACCCAACGCUGCAAAAUCCCCUGCAACUGGAAGAAGAAGUUUGGAGGGGACUGCAAGUACGAGUUCCAGGAUUGGGGGGAGUGUGACCUGACUACAGGGAAGAAGAACAGGACUGGGGUCCUGAAGAGAGCGCUCAUGGAUGCGACCUGCGCUGCCACUGUCACAGCUACCAAGCCAUGUGGGAAACUUCCCAAGACCAAGCUGCAAGAUGCAAAGAAGCAAAAGAAGGAGGGGAAGAAGCGGGAGCGUACCCCAAAGGACUGAUGAGAUUUGUUUUUACUUUAAACCAGCAAAAGGGAAGAAGACUGUGGAAAAAUGUCCACUACCCCCAUUUCAACCUGGUUUCCUGUUUAUCUGUACUGUAGGCUGACAUCUGUAGUUUUGAUAAAACUAGUAAAAAAAAUGAUUUUUAGAGCCAAUUACUAUUUUUUUUCUUUUUUCUUAGCGUCCAAUACAGAACAUGUUGUAUAUUGGUAUGUUGGGCAUAAUACAAUGCUUUAGGGAUGGAUAAUGAGAUGAUUUGUUUACUAGCGUUGACACUUAAUUAUGUUAUCUUUCACAUUAAUUCUUAGGUACAAAUAGCCCAGGAUUUGUUUUACUGUUCCAACUCUAAUUUGGAAAACUUCUUUGGCCUUUGCUCCAGCUUAAUGAGGCUGUUUGUUAAAAGUGAGUCCUCAAACAUUUUCACCUAAUUAAUUUGAGCUAAAAAAAAAAAAAGUUUUGGUUUUUCAGUGUUAAGCAAGCCUAAUAUAACUGUAUGUUUUUGAAUCUAACUUCCAUCUGCAAUUUUUUUGAAGGGUUCAAUAUAAGUGUAGAAAAUGUUUUGCUAGAGUUCAACUUCUUUACCUCCUGUUUUACUUUGAUUUCCUCAUACUGUGAAAUCAGUUCUUAAGUCAUGGCUGCUGGAAGUUAUCACCUCCUUCUCUUCCUCUUUUACAUGUCUGAUACUAAAAAGUUAAUAAAAUGUAGAAAACGAUACCAAAAGUAUUUAACCUUCAUGCUGUCAGCUGUGUCAAUAAAAUGCAAAUAAAAUUAAAACUGCCU